UUUUUUACUUUAUUGAAUUUCACUUUUUUGAUUAUUUAUUUAUUUUUUGCUCCCAAAUGACCGCUACCAAGAGAAGCAGCAUUGGCAGUAGUAAGCCAAGUAACUCCUCUUCUUCCUCAAGUGUUGGCAAGCGCAGGACGCUGGACGCAUACUUUGUAUCGAAAAAGGCCAAGACCGCCGACGCGGAAACAAAAGAACCAGAGAAAGACAGUAAAGCGGAGGCCGAACCAAGAGCAGAGCUGGGAGCAGAACCAGGAGCAGAGCUGGGAGCAGAAACCAACUACAGCGCCAAUAACAGCCAAGCAAUGGAGACAUCCGCACCAGCCGCUGCAGCACCAGCCACUCCAUCCACCGACUUUACUGCGCUCGUUCCAGCCGAGCACCGAGCGAUGCUUCAUCUGGAGCUUGAAACCAUCGACCCCUCAUGGCUGCAGCACCUCAUAGGCGAGCUUUCCAAGCCGUACUUCCUCAAGCUCAAGCGCUUCCUCAAAGGCCAACACGACCAACGCAAGGUCAUCUUCCCCCCAGCAGCCGACCUGUACUCAUGGUCGCGGUUCAGUAAGCUGCCGCAAGUGCGCGUGGUCAUUCUCGGCCAGGACCCAUACCACGGUGCCGGACAGGCACACGGAUUGGCAUUUAGCGUCCGCCCUGGCGUGCGCAUCCCGCCGUCGCUGCUUAACAUGUACAAGGCGCUGGAGCGCGACUUUCCGGGUCAGUUCAAGCGGCCCGCGCAUGGGUUUUUGAGGGGCUGGGCUGAGCAGGGCGUCUUGCUGCUCAACGCCUCGUUGACCGUCGAGUGCCAGAAACCCAACUCGCACGCUGGCCACGGCUGGGAGCAGUUCACGGACGCUGUCAUUUCGCUGGUCGACCGCCAUGCGAACAACGUUGUGUUCAUGCUGUGGGGCGCCUACGCGCAGAAGAAGGGCGCCCAUGUUGAUGCCAGCCGCCACAAGGUGCUCAAGACUGUGCACCCGUCGCCCCUCAGCGCCAGCCGCGGCUUCUUUGACGCCGGCCACUUCCGCCUGGCCAACGAGUACCUGCGCAGCCACGGCCAGCGCGAGAUCGACUGGACGCGGCUGCCGGCAGAGGAGGGCUGAACCGGCCUGGUCUGGUUUUCUUUGCCCUGGCAUGAUCCGAGCUGUUCAGUUAGAU